AUGGCCAGAGCACCGGCUAUACUACCGAUGACGGUACCUGCGAUUACACCGGGACUGGUGCCGCGCUUGCCACCAUCGUUGGCUUGCGGGUUACUUUCGAUUGACAUCUUGGGUUCGAAUGAACUCGUCGUACUGCUCAAGAUGCUCGUAGACGCUGCUUCUGUGCUCGUUGCUGUCAAAGAGUACGAUGGCGACGAUAUACCCUCUGACGGAGAUAUGCUUCUGCAUCAUGCGCCGUGA